UUGAAUAGCAAGCCAUCAUCGAAAAGGAGGGAUCGGAGCAUCGGCGGCCAUUAGCGAUGGCUUCUUCUCGGCAAGCUUCGAAGUUGAUCGGAACCCUAGCGUCCUCCCUCCGCUCCGUCUCUUCCCAGUCCCGUGGCUUCGCGGCGGCUGCGGCCGCGAACCCCCCGCCGGCGGUUUUCGUGGACAAGAACACGCGGGUUAUUUGUCAGGGGAUCACCGGCAAGAAUGGCACCUUCCACACCGAGCAGGCCAUCGAGUAUGGCACCAAGAUGGUUGGUGGAGUUACACCCAAGAAGGGUGGAACAGAACACCUGGGACUUCCUGUGUUCAAUACUGUUGCAGAAGCAAAGGCUGAAACCAAAGCCAAUGCAUCUGUUAUCUACGUUCCUCCCCCAUUUGCUGCAGCUGCCAUCUUAGAGGCUAUGGAAGCAGAAUUAGAUCUUGUCGUAUGCAUCACAGAGGGUAUCCCUCAACAUGACAUGGUUCGAGUGAAGGCAGCUCUUAACAAACAGUCAAAAACUCGAUUGAUUGGACCAAACUGCCCAGGCAUUAUUAAACCUGGAGAAUGUAAAAUAGGAAUAAUGCCUGGGUAUAUCCACAAGCCAGGUCGUGUAGGCAUAGUAUCUCGUUCUGGUACAUUGACUUAUGAAGCGGUAUUUCAAACAACUGCGGUAGGUCUGGGACAGUCAACUUGUGUAGGCAUUGGUGGGGAUCCAUUUAAUGGGACAAACUUCGUUGAUUGCAUAACGAAGUUUCUUGAAGACCCUCAAACCGAAGGUGUUGUUCUUAUUGGAGAGAUUGGAGGAACUGCUGAAGAGGAUGCGGCAGCUUUGAUCAAGGGGAGUGGAACCAAGAAGCCCAUUGUUGCAUUUAUAGCUGGUCUCACUGCCCCACCAGGCCGCCGCAUGGGUCAUGCUGGAGCAAUCGUAUCGGGCGGAAAGGGCACUGCACAGGACAAGAUCAAAACUCUGAGAGAAGCAGGAGUAACAGUGGUGGAGUCGCCUGCAAAGAUCGGUGUCGCCAUGCUCGACUCCUUCAAGCAGAAGGGGCUGGUGGAUUAGAAAUCAUUUCCAUUGAUCCAAAGAAGGGUUGUGAUUUAGAUAAAACAGAGUCAAAAAAAGAAAUAUUUCAAGUACUUUUUUUUCUUUUCUCAACUAAGUUCUAUUCAUAGAGCAUGCAAGUUAUUUUCAUGCUCAACCAAAGAGUAGGGAUUUAUUUCAUCAAACAAACACUCAGGUUGAGGCUUUUGUCUUUUUCCUUUUUUUUUUUUGUUCUUUUUUGCAAGUUUUUUAAAUAAGGUGGUCACCUAACAAUUUGCUUGUUGAUUCUUUACCUUCUAUUUAAAUGAUAGUUGUUUGUCACCUAACAA